UUGCGUGCUUCAUUUUUUUUCUCAGGUUAGGCCGAUUCCUUAGGAACCGGUGGAUCCAGUUUUUUCUGUCUGUUUUCCUUCCCUUCCCUGUAGUUAAUCUCAGUUCUGUGCCACACUGACCUCUCGCUCUGUAGCGUUUCCCUCCUUCAGUACGUGACCAUUCCUGCCUUAACUUUUCCGAGCUCCAGUCACCCACUUUGUUGUGAUCUGGGGACUGGGGUCCUUGUGUUUAUUUUCAGAUUGGGCAUCCUUUUCUGUCCGAGGUUCGAGUUUUGCUUCGUAUCUGAAUUGGGAGAAGACUGGUUUGUCAGGACGGUACACCAACUAUGGAAACUGAAGCUGCUGAUGACUGCAUAUCGAGCAAUGAAGAACAUUCACCCCAAAGGGAGCAGACAAGAAUGGCAGUGGACCUUACUUCGGCUACACUUAAUGGGCAGUACUCCUCACCAGACCACAUGACAAGCACAAAUUCUAUUAAGCUGGAAAUUCAAAGUGAUGAAGAGCAUGAACAUAAACCCCUCAGAUCAACUGACAUGAGAAGAAAUAUUGAAGAUGGUGGCCCUGAGGACCUGGUGGUAGAGACCAAUGGACUGGCUGAGAACAGUCAGAGCCUGGAAGUAGCAGGAGAAGGAGGGAUACGACUACCGAAUGGUAAACUGAAGUGUGACAUCUGUGGAAUGAUAUGCAUUGGGCCCAAUGUUCUAAUGGUUCAUAAAAGGAGCCACACUGGUGAACGACCUUUUCAUUGCAGUCAGUGUGGUGCCUCAUUCACACAGAAAGGGAAUCUACUGAGGCAUAUAAAACUUCAUUCGGGAGAGAAACCUUUCAAAUGCCCCUUUUGCAGCUAUGCCUGUAGGCGGCGGGAUGCCCUAACAGGGCAUCUCAGGACACACUCGGUGGGCAAGCCACACAAGUGCAACUACUGUGGCCGAAGCUACAAGCAGCGCAGUUCCCUGGAGGAGCACAAAGAACGGUGUCACAACUAUCUCCAACAUGUUAGAAUGGAUGCUACAGGGCAGAGUAUGACUCAUCAAGCACCAUCAGUUGAUGACAGCAAAGAACAAGAGUCUAUGAUGGACAGUAUGUCAGUGGUGCCUUUUGAAAGACCUGUAAUGGAGAGACUGUCAAGUAACCUUGGAAAACGGAAAAGUUCCACACCACAGAAGUUUGUGGGUGAGAAGCUCAUGAGGUAUGGUUAUCCAGACAUCCGUUAUGAUAUGAAUCCAGGCUUUGAAAAAGAAGCAGAAUUAAUGCAGUCGCAUAUGAUGGACCAAGCUAUCAACAAUGCCAUUUCAUAUCUUAGUGCUGAUGCACUUCGACCCUUGAUGCCGCACCCAUCUAGCGCAAUUGCAGAUGUAGCUCCAGUUAUCAAUCCAUUAUAUGCUCAGGUCUACCAUCCUAGUAGGAUGGAGAGGCCUGGUAGCCGAGAAAUAACUGAGAUUCAUGAAAACCAUGUGGACGGCCCAAUUUCUCUCAUACGACCAAAGAGCCAUCAAGAAAGAGAUGCAUCUCCAAGCAACAGCUGCCUUGAUUCUGUGGACUCUGAGAGCAGCCAUGAGGACCGCCAGUCCUAUCAAGGGAACCCUGCCUUAACCCUCAAAACCAAGCAAAGCCCUGCUUACAGUAAGGAGAUGCAGAAAUCUCUAGAUGUAACCAAGUCAUCUCUUGGUUCUUCCAAAGAGGCCUACAAAGUCUUUAAUGGAGAGGGAGAGCAGAUCAAAGUUUUUAAGUGUGAGCACUGUCGUGUUCUUUUCUUAGAUCAUGUCAUGUAUACCAUUCACAUGGGAUGUCAUGGUUACAGAGACCCACUAGAGUGCAACAUUUGUGGCUAUAGAAGCCAAGAUCGUUACGAAUUUUCAUCGCAUAUUGUGCGAGGGGAGCAUACAUUCCACUAGGCCUUUAAGCCAAAGUGACUCCAAUGAAGUAGAAAACAAACCCACAAAACUGCACAUGAAGAAGAACUGCACUUAGUAGCCCAUUUUUCUGUUGAACAUUAGUGAACAUUACAUUGUCAUGAUUUUAUUGUUAAUAUAUUUGUUGUUAUCGUCAGCUAUGGACUCAUCUUUUCUACUGUGGGUGAGUGUUAGUCACCUGAGCACGGUAGUCCUUUUUUACCUCACUUAAAUGAUAUUGUGGAAAUAAAGCUUGUCUUAGUCUGUCUUUCAUAGCUGUAUGUCAGGUCAUGCAUGAAGUACCACUCAUCUCUGCCUCCUGUUUUGUCAUUCCUGGAAGCUAGUAGUAGCCAGUUAAUUCAAAAAAAAAAAAAAAAGUGGGGGUUGUGCCUAUUGCUAUCAAGAUGCAUUCUGGCUUGUGUAUUCAAUAACUUCACAGCAUUUUCCUUCAAGUUAUCCUCCAUAUUUUUUACAAUACUUUGUCAGGGAACUCAGGAAUAGGAGGCUUCAUGCACAUCUCUGAUUUUGUCUUUUAACUAUAGCCAAGUAAAACUAACUUAUAGAGUGUAGCUUGCAUGUCCGAGGGCAUGGAGAUCAAGUGCCUCUUCCACUGAUUGGAUGCACAUAGGUUCUAAGGUUCAUAGGUUAGAAUUAGGCUAGCUGGUGGGCCAUUUUAAUCCUAGCCAGUUUCUCUUUCAAAGGUGAGGCUCAAACUCUAUACCUUGUGUUUGUGAUAUAAAUACUUUUAACCAUUAUGCCAACUCCCAACCCCUACAUUAUUUGGGAAAUCUGUCACCACUGGUGUGUGUUAUAACCGUGAACUAAUAUUUCUUAACCUGGUCAUACAUUCAUACAAGGGUGAGAUCCAAAACCUAAAGUGGCAUUGUCCCUUAACAUUGGGGUGAGAAAUCAUUUCUUUUUAUCCACACAACCACUUUGUCUGAUAAUCAGGGUUUGACAUAAAUUGUUUCUGACUGUGAGUUUAUCUAGAACUCUGUAGAAUAAUAAGGUUUAAUAGUUUAAGUAUGUCAGUUAAACUUACAGAAUUUUAUAAUCUUACAGAAUCAAAUCCAUUUGGUUAAACUGCAAGGCAACAGUCUCUCAGCAAAUUUAACACCAUCCCAGACUCAGAAACGCUUUCCCUACCUCCCAUAAUUUUCCACACCUUCCCAUCUUUCCAUAUAUCAUUUGCUGUAUUAUUCCAACAAGCAUCAAGAAGCAUUCCUAGUCUUGCUUGUUUUUGCUUUUUUUUUUUUUGGGGGGGGGGGGUGUUCCUCUGCAAAUGUUCUCACUCCUAUUUCCCAAGAAAUUCAGAUCAGAUCUUUUUAUUUUGUGGUUUAUAAGCAGUGUUUGCAAAAUAAAAUUAUUUGCUAACUCCUUUCUACUCCCAUCAGUUUGCUGUAUUGUUUCAACAGUGUCUAGGCAAUUCAGCUUUGUAAAGUUAAGCUUUGACUUGUUGCAGAGAUUUUUUUUUGUUGUUGUCUGUGUUUCAACAUUGGACUUGUAUUUUCAGAUGGCUUGUGAAUUUGAAUGAUUUUAUAGGGAGGGGGGCCUUUUGCAAUAUAUCACAUAUGAACAUGCAGUUCCCCUUGAUGAUACCCAUGAUGUAGGUGUUGCAUGUCUGGGGGUAGAGAUAGAUGUAUAAGAUAUGUGACAAAUAUGGCUGUGGAACCUUACAGGAGAGAAGAAAUAAAUUAAUUCUCAAAUAA